AUGCUUGAUGCACACAUGGCGACGAAUGAAAUGAAUCCUACAAGAUAUCUGGUUCUAGGCCUGGCCUUCUCUUGCUUUGCAGCUCUGGUUGCCCCUUGUCAUGGCUUCGGGAUCCCGCCGGCAUUGGAAUCGUCUCAUGCCUGGUUGCAGUCAAACCUGGUUCCCGUCAGGGACCUCAACUUACUAGCAUCGCGGUCCCGCUUGUCUGCCUUGUCAGCUACUAGGAUGGGCUUAGGUCCGAGGCCCUCACGCAGAAUACUGCCAAUCUUCUCAGCCGCUCGCGGGCGGGUACGGAUCUCAGCCAUAAGCUCUGGGAAAGCAUAUGUCACUGAGGUGUGCGAUAUGCUGGGGAUUGAUGCUGCGAAUGCGACCUCGAAUGUGUAUGUUAUUGCAUUGGAGCUGCAGAAGAAGGACAUGGAGAAGGAGCUGCAGAAGAAGGACAUGGAGAAGGAGCUGCAGAAGAAGGACAUGGAGACGGAGCUGCAGCUGCAGAAGAAGGACAUGGAGAAGGAGCUGCAGCAGCAGAAGAAGGACAUGGAGACGCAGCUGCAGCAGCUUGCUAAUUACUACAAGUGUCAACUGUCAUUCCUCACCCAGAAGGUGUGCAUCAGGCUUGAUUGA